GAGGCUUGCGUCAAACUCAAAACGAUGGCUCCGACGAACGCAGGGACGAAGCGGCCGACGAGCGGCGCCAGCGACAAGGCGGCCAAGAAGCCCAAGUUCGACAAGAAGGAUGGCAAGUCGACGGAGAAGAAGCCGUUCGUGAAGAAGCCCUUCUCCAAGGACGGCAAGAGCAGUAAGGAGCCCAUCGACUACAAGCUCCAGCGCAAGAUGAACCGCCCGCACUACGAGGUCGUCAAGCGCGCCAAGGAGAUCUGGAACAUCAUCCGCGAGCGCAACGUCGAGAAGGCCAAGCGCACGGCGCUCUGCGACGAGCUCUACGGCCUCGUCCAGGGUAAGAUCUACGACGUGGCGGCCAAGCACGACGCGUCGCGCGUGAUCCAAUCGCUCCUCAAGUUUGGCUCGGCCGCCCAGCGCUCGGGCGCGGUCAAGGAGCUCCAGCCGUACAUCCUCGAGCUCAGCAAGAUGCAGUACGGCUACUUCCUCGUCCAGAAAAUGCUCAAGUACGGCGGGAAGGACGACCGCGCGCUCAUCGUCAAGGAGAUGACGGGACAUGUCGUCAAGCUCGGUACGCACAACGUCGCGGCCAACAUCCUCGAAGCCGCGCACGAGUACCUCCAGCCGCGCCAGCUCUCGGGCCUCAAGCUCGAGUUUUACGGCAAGGAGUUCGCGCUCUUCAAGGGCGAGUACGAAGCGAAGGGCGCCAAGAAGACGCUGGCCGACAUUGUGGCGCAGUCGCCCUCCAAGAAGGAAGAGAUCCUAUCGCAUGUGGCCGACAUCCUCAACAAGAUGAUCGACAAGCAGCUCCUCGGCAUGUCGUACGUGCAGUCGCUGCUCCUCGAGUACAUGACGGUCGCGUCCGUCGACCAGGUCAACGCGAUGGUGCCCAACGUGCGUGACGCGGCCGUCGCGCUCCUUGCGACGCGCAACGGCGCCAAGGUCGUCACGAUGACGCUCGCGCUCGGCAACCCCAAGGACCGCAAGCGCGUCAUCAAGACGCUCAAGGACAAGGUGCUCGAAGCCACCAACCAUAUCUCGGGCUACCUCGUCAUCAUGCGCGUCAUGGACGUUGUCGACGACACCGUCCUCGUGCAAAAGUCGGUGCUCUCGGAGCUCCACGGCCAUUGGCACGAGGUCGCGUUGCACCCGAACGGCGCCAAGCUCCUCCUUCAGCUGCUCUCGCCGCUCAACUCUAAGUACCUUGGCCCCGAUGAGAUUGCGCUCCUCCAGCCGCCGAUGAUUUCCGGACCGGACGGCGAGACGGUCGUCAACUACAAGAAGGACCCGGCGGUCCGCCGCAAGGAGCUCUGGAAGGGUCUCCAGCCGACGAUCGAAGCCAUGUGCAUGGAGCAUGCCGCCGAGCUCCUCCGCUCCAAGAUGGGGGGCCACGUGCUCUACGAGGUGCUCAAGGCGACCGAGAACAAGGAUCUCCUGGCCGCGGUCGCCGCGUCGAUCGUCGCGGACGAGCCGGAAGAGGGUGCCGAGCCGCUCUGCAGCGACCUCCUCGCCCACAAGCACUUGCAGCGCAUGAUCAAGGACACCAAGCUGUCGGCGCCGCUGCUUGCGGCGCUGCCGGCGGCCAUGAUUGGCGACUGGGCCGCGUCCAACCGCGGCGCGUUCGUGCUUGUUGCGUUCUUGGACCACGCCGAGGCGAAGAAGACGCUCUCGAGCGCGGUCAAAGCCAAGAAGCUCUCGAAGGAGGCCAAGGCCCAAGCUGGCACGAAGCUGCUCUUGGAGAAGCUCGACCUGUAAAUGCCGGUCUCUUUUAUUUAGACACAAAACUCGCUAGACACCCCCGUCAAUCCCACUCUCUCUCUUCG